AUGCAUGAACACUCACAAUCGCAAUCGAUUCCCAAAGACUUUCCAGUACGGGACGACCUGGACGAGACGAAACGGUACCUAGAACGCCUGGAAACCCAGGAUGACGGGCUCGGGCAGAUCAUGGAGGUGGCUGCAACGCCAGAAGAGGAGCGCCGCGUGGUUCGCAAGCUGGAUAUGAUACUUAUACCUGUUAUGGGUUUAUGCUACAUGAUGCAGUACAUGGACAAACUGGCCCUAAGUCAGGCAACUCUGUUCAACCUUCGCGAAGACCUCAACCUCCAGGGUACCGAUUAUUCCUGGACUUCCGCCGUCUUUUACUUUGGAUAUCUAGGAUGGAGUUGGCCCAGCAGCUACCUCAUGGUCCGCCUUCCAAUCGGCAAAUAUAUCACAGCCAGCGUUCUGGCGUGGGGAGGGGCGUUGAUGUGUCAUGCGGCGACGAAGAACUUUGGUGGUCUUAUGACGGCGAGGUUUUUUCUAGGGGUCGGCGAGGCUUCCAUCGCCCCCGGCUUCGCCCUGAUUACUGGGAUGUUGUACAAGAGAGAGGAGCAGCCGGCACGACAAGCCGCCUGGUUCCUGGGCAACUGCGUUGCAACCAUCAUUGGAGGAGUCAUCGCCUAUGCAAUCGGGACAGUCGAAGGUGUUGCAGUAAACAGCUGGCAGCUUCUCUUUCUUGCUCUUGGAACCAUCACGACCGGGAUGGUCCUGUGGCUCGUAUUUCUACUGCCCGAUUCGCCCAAGAAGGUGAUCUUUUUGACCAAAAAGGAGCAGGCGAUCGUUGUCCAGCGCACCAUGGCAAACAAGACCGGUAUGAUGGAUAAUGAGUCUUUCAUGCUCGGUCAAGCUUGGCAAGCCCUUCGAGAUCCCCAGACCUGGUUUCUAGUGCUGUACACCUUCUGCGUCAACUUGUGGAACGGCGGCGUCACCAGUGUAAUGUCUUCCCUGACCUCGGCUUUCUUUAUCGUGACAGUCUGUGCUGAUACUUUCCGGCUCCAGUUCUCGUCGAUCAUUAUCAACAGUUUCGGGUUUAGCCAGCUCAGGUCUCUCCUUAUGCAGAUGCCCAUGGGCGGUGCGCAGGUGGUAUUUCUGGUCCUCAGCGCUGCUGUUGCCACCUGGUUCCCUCGGACUCGCAUACUUAUGAUGAUAUUCAAUGUUACAGUAUCGAUGGUGGGCAUGCUGCUCGUCUGGCAGCUGGACCCGGAUCACCAGAUCGGCCGCAUGGUCGGUUUAGCAUUGGGCGCUGUCUUCGCCGUCAACAUUCCGUUGUCGCUGAGUGUGAUCAGCACCAAUGUCGCCGGGUUCACGAAACGUAGUGUGACAAGCGCGCUGCUCUUUGUCGCAUAUUGUAUGGGAAAUAUAAUCGGGCCCCAACUCUUCCUGACUUCAGAGGAACCAGCAUACCCUACAGGGAUGAAAGCGGCUAUUUCCGGCCUGGCGCUGGGUGCAUUCUUUCUCACUUGCCUGUUAUGCUACUAUAUCUUUGAAAAUCGCCGCCGCGAUGCCAAAUACGGGCCGCCGACUCAACUGACCGAGGAGGAGGAGCGGACUCACGCAUUAUCAAACAAGACGGACUUAGAGAUUGAGAGCUUCCGAUAUUUGAUUUGA